AUGGACGACCUCGGCAGGGAUCCGCGUCAAGUCCUCCUCACCGAGCGAUACGUCCAAACUAGGACCCUCUACGCAGGAACUCUUCGGAACCUACGGGGCUAUGUGACAAAUCUUGGUACGAACAGCUUCAUAUCGGUUUACUAUCUACGUCCAGGCCCGAAGCAGCCGACUGAAAGCCGUUUGAUACUCGGAAACUUGAAACACGCUGCUGCCGUCCAAUAUUUGUGGGCUCGUGAGAGAUGGCCAAUACGACGUGGAAAUGCCUCAAAUAUGGCUGUUUCAAGCAAACUACACGAGCACAUACCGUUGAGAAAGCCCAUCUCUGCGUGUGGGAUACUGAUGGUCCUUGCUGAUGCACCAAGCUUCUGCUAUGCCAUUUGUGAUGCGCUACUUUUGGCAGGGGUUACCCAUGAUGACCAUGCCAACUGA